AUGUGGGAUGCAGAUAAGAAUCGUCUCAUUCCAGGAGUUGACUACAAGAUUGAUCCACAAGGGAAGACACGCUUCCAUUCUCGUCAAGAUCAUGCAGCAGAUCCACUCUUUACUUGGGUAGACCCUGAAGUUUUUAAGCGUCCAACAUAUAAAAGUUAGUAUUGUCCCUUAGUCAAUAACAGUAUUAUUGUUGUGAAAGGUUUGAACCCAGGAGUCAUUUCAAAAGUAGGUUGAGUUUGAUCGUCUGGGUGAACAUAGUCCUGAAUAGGACUGUUGUUGUUGACAGUGACUGACGUUUCAACAACCUGUGCGGUAGUCAUCUUCAGAGUCAAAGUGAGUUGUAUCACGUCAGUUGAUGGUAUUAUACUCUGCUUAUUAAUCUGAUUGGUCAAUUACGUCACGAUGUUAUUGGUCGUCUGUCAGUUAAGCUGUGAUGUUAUUGGCUAUGAAGACUUGUAAUCAGUAAUUGGUGCGUUUGUUAACACAACUGAUGUAAAGGCCUAUACACUGGAAGUGGAUAAUCCUGCAGUGGACUAGUAUCCCAUCCAGGGGGGAGUAGCAAUACUCCUAGGCAUGCUUCAUGCUAGUGAAACCGGGAUAAGUUCCACCCAUUUGGGCCUUUGGCUUGUGUACACCUUUACCUUUCUUUACAAACAGUGUGUGGGUUCUUUAAUGUCCCACAGAAUUUAUAUGUGCAAGGGUUGUGAGAUGGGUCCUAUGGUUUAUCAUCCACAUCCGAGAAGACUAGAAAGUCUUACCAUUUACAGAUGUCAUUACAAAGGCAGCACUUUCUCCUCAGUUAUUUAAAGACCCUGAUUGUUGGUCCAGCUGAGGUUUGAACCAAUGGCCUCCCGCUCGGCAGAUGGGCGCUUAUCCCAUUGAGCUAACCAGGCAGCAGGGAUGGUACAGUCCUUCUUUAAUAUGAUUGGCACUAGUGAUGAUGACAAAUAUCAGUGUGGCUCNGUAAUCAGUAAUUGGUGCGUUUGUUAACACAACUGAUGUAAAGGCCUAUACACUGGAAGUGGAUAAUCCUGCAGUGGACUAGUAUCCCAUCCAGGGGGGAGUAGCAAUACUCCUAGGCAUGCUUCAUGCUAGUGAAACCGGGAUAAGUUCCACCCAUUUGGGCCUUUGGCUUGUGUACGCCUUUACCUUUCUUUACAAACAGUGUGUGGGUUCUUUAAUGUCCCACAGAAUUUAUAUGUGCAAGGGUUGUGAGAUGGGUCCUAUGGUUUAUCAUCCACAUCCGAGAAGACUAGAAAGUCUUACCAUUUACAGAUGUCAUUACAAAGGCAGCACUUUCUCCUCAGUUAUUUAAAGACCCUGAUUGUUGGUCCAGCUGAGGUUUGAACCAAUGGCCUCCCGCUCGGCAGAUGGGCGCUUAUCCCAUUGAGCUAACCAGGCAGCAGGGAUGGUACAGUCCUUCUUUAAUAUGAUUGGCACUAGUGAUGAUGACAAAUAUCAGUGUGGCUCACAGCAGACUGUCAUGUCCCUCCUCCAGGAAAGCCUAUUUUUCAAACCACCCAAUCAGCUAGGGAUAAUGGCUUUUCUUGCCCCCAAAACCACCACAUGGCUGGAAGUUGCUAACAUCCCAGUCAAAACUUCAGCAUGUGCAGCUGACAGAAAUUAGAUGAACAAGGACUAGAAAGCAGAUUAGCAAAUGUAUGAACAUCUAGUUCCUCGUCCCUGUUAAGUGAUGGUUGUCAGAACUUGAUUUUAAGGUGCAUCCUGAUCUUGAUUACUUCUAAUUUUGUCUUCUAGGAUUUGUAGCUUUGUUGGACAACUAUGAGAGUGAAACUGGCCAAGGAGAGGUUGUCACUCAAGAAGAAGUGCGAGAAAAUCAGUGUUUUAUUGAUGCCAUCUAUGAAACAGAACCAAUGAAAAUUGCUCAUGAAUACUUGUCAAAGCAUGGACUUAUGCCAAAGGAGCGUGGUCCAUUUAAAAUGGCACUGUAUGAUAUGUGGUUUAAACUGUACAGGAGGACAAAAGGAGUAAAGUGAGUUAGUUAUACAGGGUUCUCCAGAAAAUGUAAUUCAGAUGGAGUAAAAAUAAAAGUAGGCAGCAAUGAAUUACCGUAGAUCAAUGGAAGUGGAAAACCUUUCACACAGCUAAGUAGCAUGUGUAGUUAGGUACAUGUAUGGCUGGGAAUCACACUCUUACCAGAAGGAAAAAUUUUCUUUUAGAGGCUCUGAAAAUUUCAUUUCAGUGCAUUUUGAGUGACCAGUUAAGGAAUAAAAAAAAUUUAGCCAUGUAGGUGGUACCUUUGUUUACCCACAUGUGUUUUAUAUUUUAUCAUAAGCAACGUUUAUUUUUACAAAUUUGUUGAGGAAAAAUACACUUGUUUAUUCCCAUCUUAAAAAAUUAUUUCCUGUGAGUAGCCGGUACUUCUGCAGCAACUAUUUAGCAAUUUUUCUCAGUGCUGGAGCUUCUCAAGAACACUGUUACACCUGUAUGUGUAUAACAGAAGGUUAGGAGCCUUCAGUUAGGAGCCUUCAGUUAAACCCCUGAGGGUCUUAAACGCCGACCGGUUAGCUCAGUUGGGAGAGCGCCGGUCUGCCGAGCUGGAGGCCGUAGGUUCAAACCCCGGCCGGACCAACACUCAGGGUCUUUAAAUAACUGAGGAGAAAGUGCUGCCUUUGUAAUAACAUCUGCAAAUGGUUAGACUUUCUAGUCUUCUCGGAUAAGGACGAUAAACCGUAGGCCCCGUCUCACAAGCCCUUGCACAUGUAAUAAAUCUGUGGGACGUUAAAGAACCCACACACUCUUCGUAAAGAGUAGGGCACGUAGUGCCCGGUGUAGUGGUCUAUCUCACUUUCACACUCAUGUAUGGGGGCAUCAUCACUCAUUCCUUCAGUACUUGUAAACUGCACCUUAAGCAGUCUGGCAAAGUCCCCCAACCAGUGUUGUAAAUUAUCCCUGAAAAGCCCUGUGGGGAGUGGAUAAUAAGAUAUUUACAAUUUACAAUUUAUUUCAGUAUUGAGUAACUAUUAUUAUGUACUUAUUAUAAUUUUGAAAUGGUUAAAGAUAGUGUAAAAUAAAAACUUAUAGAUUUCCUUUUUGGUGCUUGCAACAUUUAAAGACUUGGUUUUGGUUUGGUUGACGUUAUAUGCUGUAUUUGUCCAUUUGAAUGGCUCAAACUGAUUACUUUUUUUAGGGAAUUGGACUCAUCUGGCUUUGAACAUGUUUUUGUGGGUGAAUCACGAAACAGGGCAGAAGUGAUUGGCUUCCAUAACUGGAUUCAGUUCUAUUUGCAAGAGAAAAAAGGCUUGGUUGACUAUAAAGGCUUCUUCCCAAGUCGAAGAGUAAGUACACUGUGCAGUGGAACUUUGAUUAUUUAGACUUGGAAAGACUGGAGUGAAUAGUCUAAGAAAUCAACAGACUGGAUAAUUGGAAAAUGUGAAUGCCAGUGACAUUAGUAUUUUCAUUAUUUACAAAGGAAGCUAACAUUGGCUAACAUUUGUUUGUACGUAAUCUAUGGGGUAGUCAGCAACUCAGUUUUCAGCAGUCAGAUGAACGUUAAGCAUGUGCCAACACCACUUUUGCUCUUUGAAUUGGAAAAAAAAAUCUAGUUCAAAGAAGCUUUUUGACACCUGAAUGAUAAAAUUGUAUUCUCAAAUCAUGGUGUUGAUUUAUAAAUAUUCAUGACAAAAAAACGGGAAUGAGAGAAAUAGUCUGGAGAAUCAAGAAGUCCAGAUAAUCGAUGUUCAAAUGUAUCAAGUUUACUGUAAUCUUAACACCAAAUCAGUAACAUGAAAUUUGGCAACAGAAUGAGACAAGCAUAGAGAAUCAGGUUGUUCAAAGAGUAAGACAUUUCUUAAGGUUUCUAGCACAGAGCUCUGAGGAGCAGGCCAAAUGAAGAAUUAUUAUUUAUUUCCCUUAAAAAUGAUGUGGAGAUUUUUGUUUUCAUAGGAGCUUUGCAACUGUGAAUUUAUUACCUUGUUUAAAUGAUUCACUUGUUUAAAUGGCAUUGAAAAAGUGUUUCAUAAGUGGUAGCAUAUGAUCAUCCGGGUGAAUGUAGUGCUAAAUAGGACUGUUGUUGACAGUAGCUCACAUUUUGAUAACGUGUGCGGUAUUCAUCUUCAGAGUCAAAGAAAUAGCAAAAAAAAUUUUUUGACUCUGAAGAUGACUACUACACAGUUUGUUGAAUCAUCAGUCACUGUCAACAACAGUCCUAUUUAGGAAUACACCCACCCGGACGAUCAUAUUCCCCCUCUUUUGAAAUUACGCCUGGGAUCAAACCUUUCACUGAAAAAGUGUUUUACUUUUUUGCAUGACAGAAAAGGCACACAACUAGUGAAGAAGAGAGCAUGAAUCAGCUACUUACAAUCCAGUUUAACUGGAAAGGUGAUGUAAAACCGAUUGGCAGCAGCUUUAUUGGCACCAGCCCUGAAUUUGAAAUGGCACUAUAUACAGUUUGUUUCCUGGCUGGGCAGGGAAAGGAUGUCCACGUGGAGCUGGAUGACUAUGAUGUAAUUAUUAAAGCUCAUCAUAUAGGGAGAAAUUUAGGUACCUGUUAUCCGAAUACUGUGUGAAAAUAAUAGAAACAAUUUUCUGGAAUAAAACUGAAUUAUUAAGGAGUGAAACUAGGAUUGUUAUCCAUUUAAAAAGGAUAUUUUACUGUUGCUGGCGUGCUUUUAAACUCAUUUAAAAUUGUCACAGCCUGUUUUUCAUAGCACGCUGCCCAAAUUUGGAUGAUUUAUGUCAAUCAUUGGGUGACAUCAUGCAGGGAGGGCUGCGGUAUCUCUUCACUUUUGCUUUUGUCAGUGAAGAACUUGAGAAAACUGGCUGGAACAUUCCUAACAUUUGAUAACCGGGCUACUCCUUCACUAAAAGAUUGGUUUUGUUGCACGAACAAAACCAGACAGGAUAAUUAAUUAAGUCAAAAGGCAUGGGAUACAAGCAACUUUAUUUGUUAUUAAAAAAAAUUACCGUGUAACUUUUUCGAUAAGCUUUUGAAAGUGUGAGUUAAUUCAGUCUAUAGCGUUGAUUUGUAAACUUUAGUGUGUGUGUUUCUUUGGGGCUGGGUUUAGUCGGUUUUUUGGAACGUAUGUCUUCUAAAUGUGAUAUUUAGAGCUUUUAAUUUAAACGAUUAUUACUUAAUAAAUCAAUGGAAAAUUUGCAAAACGUGAAAACGGCGAACGUUUUUAUUUUGUGUUUGUUCUGUUAAUUCAAACCUUGCGUGCAAACUUUGAAAGUAGAGAAGUGAACGCUUUGCAUAUUGAUGACAAGAAAAUAACCAACC